GGGCGGGGCAGCUGCGCGGCGCUCCCCUCCUCUCUUCUCCUCCUCCUCCCGCCCGGCCUCCGGUCGACCGGCGCACUCGGCCCUGGGCGAGCUGCGAGCUGCCGGCCGAGCCAUGGGCUGCGACGGCCGGGUGUCGGGGCUGCUCCGCCGCAACCUGCAGCCCACGCUCACCUACUGGAGCGUCUUCUUCAGCUUCGGCCUGUGCAUCGCCUUCCUGGGGCCCACGCUGUUGGACCUGCGCUGCCAAACGCACAGCUCGCUGCCCCAGAUCUCCUGGGUCUUCUUCUCGCAGCAGCUCUGCCUCCUGCUGGGCAGCGCCCUCGGGGGCGUCUUCAAGAGGACCCUGGCCCAGUCGUUAUGGGCCCUCUUCACCUCUACCCUGGCCAUCUCCCUGGUAUUUGCUGUCAUCCCCUUCUGCCAUGAUGUGAAGGUGUUGGCCUCGGUGAUGGCGCUGGCGGGCCUAGCCAUGGGCUGCAUCGACACCGUGGCCAACAUGCAGCUGGUGAGGAUAUACCAGAAGGACUCAGCCUUCUUCCUUCAGGUCCUCCAUUUCUUCGUGGGCUUUGGUGCUCUGCUGAGCCCCCUGAUUGCUGACCCCUUCCUGUCAGAGGCCAGCUGCUUUCCUGCUAACAGCACAGCCAAUGCCUCCUCCAGAAGCCAUCUGUUCCAUGCAUCCAGGGUCCUGGGCCCGCAUCAGGUAACAACCCAGCCUUGGUCAAACCAGACGAUCCCCGGGCCAUCCCCAAAGGAUUCGACGACAGAGAACCACGUAUCCUUUGCCUUCUGGAUCAUGGCUCUCAUCAACCUCCCAGUGCCCCUGGCGGUCCUGUUCCUGCUGUCCAAGGAGCGGCUGCUGACCUGCCCCCAGCGGAAGCCACUGCUCCUGUCUGCGGAUGAACUUGCCCUGGAGACCCGGCCUGCUGAGAAGGAAGACACCUCCUCACUGGCCCCCAAGUUUCAGUCACACCCAGGGCAGGAGGACCUGUUCAGCUGCUGCCAGAGGAAGAACUUCCGGGGAGCCCCAUGCUCUUUCUUCGCCAUCCACAUCACAGCCGCUCUGGUCCUGUUCAUGACAGACGGGAUGAUGGGCGCCUAUUCUGCCUUUGUGUACAGCUAUGCCGUGGAGAAGCCACUGUCCGUGGGACACAAGAUGGCUGGUUACCUCCCCAGCCUCUUCUGGGGCUUCAUCACCCUGGGCCGGCUCAUCUCCAUCCCUGUCUCCUCAAGAAUGAGGCCAGCCACCAUGGUGUUCAUCAAUGUGGUGGGUGUGGUGGUGACAUUCCUGCUCCUGCUUAUUUUCUCCUACAAUGUCAUCUUCCUGUUCGUGGGGACCGCAAGCCUCGGGCUGUUUCUGAGUAGCACCUUCCCCAGCAUGCUGGCCUACACGGAGGACAUCCUCCAGUACAAAGGCUGUGCGACUACCGUGCUGGUGACCGGGGCAGGAAUUGGCGAGAUGGUCCUGCAGAUGCUGGUUGGUUUGAUCUUCCAGGCCCAGGGCAGUUACAGUUUCCUGGUCUGUGGUGUGAUCUUUGGCUGCCUGGCUUUUAUCUUCUACACCGUGCUCCUGUUUUUCCACAGGAUACACCCUGAACUCUCAUCAGGUGAAGACAUGACUCUGAUCGCGACAAGUUCCCUGGAGCGCAUGACGCACCAUCACCCGUAAGCAUCCCGCUCAGAGAUGGAGACCGCGCCUUCAGUAAGUAGUUCUGACAAUGUAAGAGAAUGAUGGGACAGCGCCCGCACUGGGAACAGCAGACCCAGACGAAAACUAACAAAGCGCUUUCCACAGAAGCCAGCAUCUGGGCGUGUCUGCCGGAGACAGAUCAUGUGUCUGUCCCUUCCCAGCGCUAUGUGUCCAAGAACACUUAGCCGCUCAAAUCCAUAGAGACCCGCAUCACGCUCCCACCCCCUCAUAUCCCCACCCGCUCCACAGACCACAGCAUCAACACUCUCCAUCCUGUAGGUUUGGAAAUUCAUUCCCAGCCCCAGGUUUCUGCUCAGGCCUGCACUUGUCUCCACACCUUUCCAAGCCAAAGCAUGGCACCAUGGCAUGACUCCCAGUUUUUGGCACAGGCAAAUGACACAUAUGAAGUAAAUAAGUGAUAAACAGGACAAGCCACUGAGUAAAAUGUUCCUCCAGCUGCUUAAGUGUCCCAAAUGGAAAAAAAAAAAAAAAAAAGAAACACAACAAAAACAGCACUUUACAAUCCAGCGAGAAGGCGGAAGCUGGCAUAUACUUCAUCGUCAAGUAACCUGAUGUAAUUGUGAAGCUGUUGGUAAAAUAUAACAUAAAGUCAAAGAAGUCUGUAAGAAGACUAUAAAAAUAAAACUGUCAGUCGUGCGUAACACAGAGAUGAAAAGGAACAGCUGUCAGGACGUGCAGGGAAUCCAGAAGGCAUUUGGGAAUGAAUCCCAUGAGAAAGAAUUAAUGGGAAAUUGGAAAAAGCUAUGACAAAGCUCCAGAACAUUUCAAGCUAGAAUUUUCCAUAUUAAAAAAAAAAAAAAGUCUGUAUUUGAGAAUCAAACAGCAACUUCAUGUUGAGUCAGUGAUUUAGGACAGUGCUUGAUUUUAGAGUCAUCUGCUGGGGUGCGGGAAGGAUUCAGCAGGCCGGGAUGCUAUGCAGCAUUUAUUUCUUAUGCUAACCCCUCACUGUGUAUGUUACAGUGUGACUGUCAUGUUAACAGAGUGAAUUCUGGGGAGAAAUUUCUGUGUUGAAAAACAUCUACUGUGCCGAACAGUAGCUUACAGUCAUAAUGCCAGGACUUGGGAUACCAAGGCGGGAAGAUUUGCCAAGAGUUUGAGGCCAGCCUAGACUAAAAACUAAGACCCAGUCUCAAAAAUCAAAAAAGAAAAUAAACACAAAAGAAAACUUUUUCCUAAUCAAGGUGUGUGUUCCAGGAGACUGCCAACUGUUCUUCUACGAUUCUAUUGAGGGUCUCAAUGGUGCUUAAGACAUUACCACAUAAAGCUGCCUUUCAGAAUGUUAAAAUCACAGGCCUCAGUAAAACAGUACUAGACCUCACCCAGCACAAGGCCAAGGUGAACAAAAGACUGUGGUAACAUCAGCAGCUGGCAUUACGCCAUAAAGGCCAAGCCUCUGGUAUACCUGCCAGCCACUCCUGCCUUUUUUGAUCUCUAGUACAGAAUACAAAUCUGAAAGGAAUUUUCCAGUUUAAGAAGAAAAAAUCCAGUACUCUAUCCAAGUUCAUGGCCUUGCUUUCUCCACCAAAAUUUGAAAAAACAGUCAGACCUGGUAGUGUACACUUGUAAAUGCCAGCAUUUGGGAUUCAGUUCACACACAGCCUGGGUGACAUAGAAAGAUCCUAUCUCAGAAACAAAAACAAAAACCACAGAGAAAAAAAAAUUACACUUAUAUUUUAACUGUUAAAAUGUAAGGGAAAAUAAACUUAUAUUUUAACUCAAUGAAGCUUAAUGAUGGCCUUCUGAGGGCUUUUAGAUUCAAUUAUAUAUUACAUACUUUUUUAAUCAGUGGAAAUGUCUACUCUUAUUCAAACACAUAGACUACAAGGACUGUAACAUCACAAUAAUAUUAUGAGAAGUCAUUAAAAGAUCACUUAAGUUAGACCUGACAUUUUAAUUUUGUAUUUAAAAAAAUCAGCAUGAGUAAGAGAAAAGUACAGAUCAAGUGAAAAUGCAUCCAGGGAAGUAUACACAGGGGUGUGGGGCACCACACUGAGCCACAGAAAACCAAGGAAACCAGCAGACUCUCCAAACCCAGGUCUUCCCAGGACCCUGAAACCCCGACUCUUACACCUUCAGUCACUGAGCUGAGCAGAGAUGGUCCAGAGCAGAAGAAAAGCCAAGAGGCCUCAGAAGAUGUCUCAACCCCUGACAACCUGCUCAUCUCCCCUGCCUCUGUCUACUGAUACCCAGCACCAUUUGCCCUGGCAAGAUGACUGGGCGUGGAUGCCAGAUGUAAGCUGAAGGUACAGAAUCUCCCCUGAAUACUGACCUGUGGACGCUAAGAAUUCUAUGGUUAUUCAAACCAUACAAAGCUCAGACUUUUUCAGGAAGGAGGUAGUCUACAGGAAGAAAUGUCUGCCUCACACAUACAGCAAGGUUAGAAACUGACUUUAAAAAGGAUACAGGCGAGCACGAGAGUGCGCGCGCGCCACACACACACACACACACACACACACACACACACACACACACUUCUUCGAAUUCACUCAUUUCAAGAAGAAAGCAGGUCCCUCUACUGCCCAAGGCCUCAUGGUUUCUUACAAAGUUGCUCUGAGUUUUUUGCUUCUGUUUUUCGAGACAGGGUCUCAUGUAGUCCAAGCUAGUCUCAAACUCACUGCGUAGCUGAGCCUAUCCCUGAUUCUUGAUCCUCCAGCUUCCACUUCCCAAGUGCUGGGAUCACAGACCUGUGCUACCACACCCAGCCUGAGUUUCAAUGGUGCCCUUGGAUCCAUGGCACCUCUGUGCUAAAAACAGCAAGUUAUCAAAUAUAUCAUCUGUGAAAAUAAACCAAUGGCUUUUCUCCUUUAACUCAGGAAGAUAAACUUUUUUUAUGUUUUCUAGAAUUUCAAACACCUAGGUAGGUCUACUCUCAUAUUUACUUAGUACACACUAUAUUAACCCACUAAAUUACUACAAAGUGCUGCUGAGGGUAAUUCCAAAUAUGCAUGCAAACUAAAUAUUCCACAUGGGAA